GAAAACGAACCAAAUCGCUCAAGUCUGUAUAAAGAGAGAUUCCGCGACCACAAUGUCCUUCAGGAAAGUUCGGUGGAAUUGAUUUGGAAAGAUUUGCUUGAUUGUUAAGCGAAUAAUUCUCAACACAAUUAUGAUUUUAUGAAAAACCCUCAACCCUGAGACGAAUUAGGUCCAUGCGGGAACAUCAGUUGACGUUCAGAGUGGCAGGAGGUGUGACUCAAACCCCAGAUCCGUGAAUUGCUUUCGACCGGACGUGAUCGGAUCUGAUUGAAGAGCCUGCAAUUCAGCAAAUGUCAAUGUAGUAGUAGGACUGAAAUUUCUUGUGGACACAUGCUUACAGUUGUGAGGAGUGUGGUAGAUAGAUCCGUGAGUGAAUGUCUUCAAAUUUGUGCACGAAGGUGAUGACACGUACGACAGCAGAGAAGAAGUGCAUGGGUUGUGCUUUUCUGAAGCAAUUGAAGUUUUGAAAUUCCAUCGGCCUUCAGUCAACCUACCAUGGCGCCACCUAAGACUCGAAAGGCGAAAGCCAACAACACGAAGACCAAACCUCGAGGAGGAGAGAAUGGAAAGAUGAAUGAUCAACUUGCUCCCUUAGGUCUCAAAGUUGUGAAUAUGACUGGUGACGGAAAUUGCUUUUUCAGAUCAGUAGCCGAUCAACUCGAUGGAAAUGAAGAGGAGCAUCCCAAAUACCGACGAAUGGUAGUGGAUUAUCUAGAGGAACAUAGACCGGACUUUGAGCCAUUUCUAGAGGAGGAAACGCCAUUCGAUGAAUAUUGUAAAAACAUGAGGCAGGAUGGAACUUGGGCCGGUCAUAUGGAACUUCAGGCAACUUCACUAGCAACAAGAUGCAAUAUAUGCAUACACAGGAUAUUGUUUCCACGUUGGCAAAUUUUUAACUUUCAGAACCCCGGCACCCCAAUACUCCAACUAUCAUAUCAUGGAGAGGAGCAUUACAACAGCGUCCGUCCGGUUGAUGAUGAUGGUACAGGACCUCCCAAGCUUGACAGUGUCAAGGCUGCUACAAAGUUGGUCAAUGAAGCCCCACCCGCAAAGGAUGGGAAAAAGCAAGGAAAAAAACCCACGAAAGUUGAAGGAAAGUCACCUGCAACAGUGAAACUUGUCAUGGCGGGAUCUGGAUGUUCAGAUUCAGCCUAUGUCAAACAGGUGCUGGAUGAUUGUCAUGGUGACACUUCAGCUGCUAUAGAGUAUAUUAUUGCUGAAAAGAACUUCAGCGAAGAAAUUUAUCAAUCAGCAAGGGAUAUGGAGGAAACCCUCUCAAAAGCGGAAUUUGAAGGAUCAAAGAGCACAGAAUUGCCCCAAUUUGAACAUGAACUUGAAACGAACAACCUGCUUUUGGAAGAAGCACUAGAGGGUAUUUCAGAUGACGAGUCGAAAACUAAGCUCUCCAAAUCGAAGGAAGUGGAGACUGGAAGUACAGCAAGACAAGUCGUGUCUCGAAAUAAAGCGUGCCCGUGCGGCUCCAAAAAGAAGUACAAAGUUUGCUGUGGUGCAGUACAGCACAAACCUACUGUGACUAUUUUAACAAGUGGUCCAGAGAGAUCGUUAUCGAACAAAGCAAGAAAGGAUAAGUCCAGGGCUGCCAAAGCUUCGAGCUUGGUUGAGAAAUCCUCGGACAGACCGUCAUGUUCUAAAGAGGUAGAUUUAGGUGUUCUUUGCAUCUAAAGCGGAUCAGCAAGAAAGCCGCUGCCAAUGUAUUGUUGGAGAUUCAUCUAUAAUUCUUUCGUAGAACUAAAUGUAAAACUACGAAUGGGAAGAAGAAUCUGUGAGUUCGAUAAUAUCGAACCAGUCACUUGAAUUCAUUCAGAUCCAUUCAGCAGCACUGCAUCCUCUGUAUGUCGCCAAGAUGUUCAUACUACAGACGGUAGUCAGCCGUAGUGGUAGGCACUUCUCUCAAGCUCUUACAUUGAGAUUGGUUCUUGCUUGGUAUAGUUCUUUGUCGGUCUGAGCUUAUAUACAGAUAUGUAUGAACUGAGCGUUGGCCAACUUUUUCUGGAAUAUAUCUGAAAAGUCAGAGAGCAUAUGCUUUCCGAAAGUAAAGAAAUUUAUUAGAACAGACCAUCAUUGAAAAGGGUAAUGCAGUUGAAUCUUCUUGUUGUGAGCAAAGCUUGCAGAAGUAAUGAUAAUGUCGUGAAGGGUUUAGUUCCCUGUAACCAUCUUCCAAGAGGCAGUACAUCUUCGAACUAUGAUUACAAAAAUUCCAGAGUAGCAUCUUUCUCGGUGAGCAUCUUCGUGCGACUUCGGUUCCAAGUAUAUCUCACGACUGGUCCAUCGACUAGUCCAGAGUCGAAAGACCGAGUCCACGGAUGAGAGGAUUUGCAAAAUGGAUGAUGCAAGGAUUCUCUGAAGGAAGUUCGUGAGGAAUUACUUUCAUCAUCAGCAGGAUCACGUCAUGGUUAUGGCGAUUUCCUCCCCCACGCGAUUGCACACAUGAACCUUAGAAUGUCCCUCAUA